ACACAAUAAAUAUCCAGGAGACAUUUCACAUUGAGGUGAGCUCUAAUCUCUAGACCCUCCGCCCCUGGUAUUGACAAGACUGAAAGGAAUCCCGAGGCAGAGAAAAACAUCUGAGGAAAGACAGAGAAACAAUUGUGAAUCCUGCGCGAAAAGUAAGGACCUUUUUUAAUGGCAGAUAUAGUAGGGGCAAUCUUCGGUGCAUUGAGUUGCAUUUGUAGUACUCCAACCUGCAACUGUAUAGAUCAACAUAGAAAUUUUAAUGAUGAUGUGGAUGAGCUGAGAAGAAAAUUGGACAGUCUAACUAGCCAGAAACAAGAUAUAGAAUCAAGAAUACAAGAAGCAGAGGCUCGCGGGGGACAAAUGGUUAGACAACAAGUGCAAGAAUGGCUUAAGCAAGCAGAAGAGAUCAAUGUUAAACUGCGAGCAUUUUUGGAAAAGGUGCAGGGAGUCAAGUGGUACAAGCAUGCUUGUUUUGACAGACUUGUUUGUAGAAAAAUUAAUAUGGUGAAGGAAAUGCUCGAUAAAGGUGGUUUUCCUGAAGGCCUUGUUAUUGAGAGGGCUUCAGCUCAUGGAAACAUAAUUCCAACAGAGAAUUUAGUGGGGGAAAUUUCUACUAAAGAAGAAAUUUGGAGGUACUUGAUGGGUGAUGAGGUUGGAAUGAUUGGAAUUUGUGGGAUUGGUGGAGUUGGAAAGACUACAAUUAUGGAGAAUCUCCACAAUGAUUUACAAAAGGAGACUAGAUUUCAAAAAGUGAUCUGGGUUACUGUAUCACAUCCUCUCAAUGUUUUUAAAUUACAAAAGAAGAUUGCUAAUGCGAUGGGUGAAAGACUUCGAGACGAUGAAGAGUUCUCUCUUAAGGAAGUUGGAAUUCCGGAUCCGAAUGUGCAGAAUGGAUGCAAAGUUGUUGUCACUAGUAGAUCAAUUGAAGUAUGCAGUUAUUUGCAUUGUAAGAUUGUUAAAGUGAAACCUCUUUCACAAAAGGAGUCUCUAAAGUUAUUCCUCGAUACAGUUGGGGAUGGUGUUUUGCAAGUUCCAGGGUUGGAGGAAGUCUUAAAGCUUAUUGUGGAAGAGUGUGCCGGCUUACCACUGGCCAUUGUUGUGAUAGCUGGGAGCAUGAGGGGAGUUGAUGAUGUUAAUGUGUGGAGAAAUGCACUGACUGAAUUACAAGUUCGUGUAAGUAGUGUGAAAGAUUCAAAUGAUGAGAUAUUUAAGCGGUUAAGAUUUAGUUUUGAUCGGUUGGAUAGUUUGCAAGUCAAGAGUUGUUUUCUUUAUUGCUCCCUCUUUCGGGAGGAUUAUGUGUUUUCUAGAAGGGAGUUGAUAGAAUGUUGGAUUGAUGAAGGACUAAUUGAUGGGUUGCCAAGUAGAGAAGCAGCUUGUAAUAGGGGCCAUGCUAUUAUAGAUAGGCUCGAAAAGAAUUUCUUAUUAGAGAAAGAAACUUUUCGGUCAUCUGUUGGAUUUCCAUUUAAUAGUGCUGGUGCUAAGAUGCACGAUGUAGUGAGAGACAUGGCUAUCAUAAGCAUUGGUCCUGAAUUUGGACAUAUGAUAAAAACUGGUAUGAAUUUGGUAGAGCUACCAAAUGAGCAUGGUUGGGUAAAAGAUACUAAGAAGUUGUCUCUAAUGGAAAAUAACAUUUUGAAAGUUCCCCUUAGUCUGCCCUCAAAGUGUUUGAGCCUUUCGACUUUGAUAUUAUCAAGUAAUCCUAAUUUGUCAGAGAUUCCAGAAUCCUUUUUUGGAGAGAUGCUUGCUUUGAAGGUUCUUGAUCUUUCUAACACUGCUAUUGAGACUUUACCUAAUUCCAUCUCUAAAUUGGAGAAUCUAUCUGCCUUACAAUUACAACAUUGCAUGAAGUUAAAGUACUUGCCUUCCUUGGCAAACCUCGGGGGAUUGAAGAAGUUGGACCUACACGAGGCAGGGAUUGCGGUGGUCCCUCAAGGCAUGGGGAUGUUGAUAAGUCUUGAAUAUCUUGAUUUAAAUUUAGAAGAGGUUGCUAGAUUGAAGAAGUUGGAGACUUUAGAAUGUCAAUUUGAUGGCAUACAAGACUUUAAUCAUUUUGUCAACAAGUUCAAAGAUUUCCAAAGUGCUACUGCUUACAAUCUUGGAGUUGGGACAGCAAGAGACAUGACAAGACGGAGCAAAUAUGAGCUUGUAAUUACUGAAUGCGAGAUCGGGGAAGAAUGUGUGGUGCUUCCAAAUAACCUUGAGGAUUUAUGGAUAAUUAGGGGUAAAAACAUGCGAAGCAUCUUGAAAAAAACAGUUGUGUUAGAAAUGGAAGCAAAUGAGUUGAGACGGUGCCUUAUUUGGGAAAGUGAAGAGAUGGAGUGCGUGGUUGACUUGGACUCAUCCUCCUCUUCCUCAUUGUGUUGUCCAAUACUUGAUAAGCUUGAACUGCUGCACCUUCUGAUAUUGCCUAAGUUAUGUGAACUUGUGAGAGUGGAAGGAGCAACAACACCACCACACAUCCUUUCCAAUCUUAAAACACUUAUAAUAGAUUAUUGUUCAGGAAUGAGGAAAUUGCUUCCACUUGCACUACAGCAGGCUCUCCAAAACUUAGAGGAGAUUAGAGUUUUCAAUUGCGAACAAAUGGAGGAGAUAAUAGCAUCAUCAGAUUCAGAUGCAUCAUCAGAUAAAUUCAUUUUUCCCAAGUUAAGGAUAUUGCGGUUGAUUAAUUUACCACAAUUGAAGAGCAUCUGCAGUGCCAAAGGAGUUGUGGUUUGUGAUUCUAUUGAAAAAAUUGUAAUAUUCGAAUGUCAGGAGUUGAAGAGGAUCCCUGUGCAGCUUCCCCUGCUUGAUAAUGGCCAACCAUCUCAUCCUCCUCGUCUCAGAGAAAUCAAGAUAGAUAAAGAAUGGUGGGAAUCAAUGGAGUGGGAUCAUCCUAAUGCAAAGAACCUCCUUAAACCUUUCUUGAAAUAUUCUCGCUAUCCGUGGGAGGUUUAAUUCUACUUUGAAUUUGAUUUGAUAAUACAUUACAGUAAAUUAUUGAAAAUUUGGGAAAUAAUUUGUGUAGUGUGAAAUGAAGAGCUGUAAACUGC